AUGAAACAUAAAGAAAAAAAGAAACAUCUGGAAAGUAAGUAUUUCAUCAAAACUGCAAGGAUGUCAAGAGGCCCCUGCAAAGCCCAACAGGAUGCGCCUCAGUCGUUUGUGGAGGCCCCAGGCUGUAGUCAGGCAGCAGGAGAAAAUACAUCCUCCUCUGAAUAUUUCACCUGUGUGUCUUCACCAUACAAGCUUGCCCAUCAUGAGGAGGAUGGAUUCCAUCAAUUACAACAAAAUGUUUCCUAUCUUGCAGCCCUUAAUAUGCCUGUGUCCCAGUCAGGGCGGAAACGGAAGAUCAUGGAGGGGCACGUAGGAGGACCUGGCAACAUUCAAGGGGAUGUGCCUCAGACUCAGUCAUUCAUCGAGGCCCCAGGCUAUAAUCAGGCAGCAGGAGAAAAUGCAUCCUCCUCUGAAUAUUUCACCUGUGUUUCCUCACCAUCAAAGCUUCCCCGUCUUAAUGAAGAGGGAAUCAAGGAGAGACCUGUACCCAAGGACUUGGUGGAAACAAAGAGUUCCUCUGACUAUUCAUAUACCUAUAGUUCUUCACCUUCAGCUAGUAAUAAGGAGCCCUUUAUGUCCUCAGUACAUGGGACAGAUCUAAGGGUCAUGAAAAUUUACUAUACGCAUGUACAAAUGAAAAGGGGUGUGGCUGUCUUGUGCCAGACAGAGGAAGGAUGGGAGCCUCCCUCAAAAAAGACCAAAAUAGAAGAAAUGACCUAUAUUGAAGAGGUCCAUAAAAAUGUCCCCCUCUCUCACACGCCUGGGAAGAAUCUCCUAAUUGACCCUGAGCCCAGCGUAGACAGUCGAGCCCAAGAGAAGAGGGAGAAGGCUGACUGUCCCACAAAACCUCCAACUCAGGUGGUGCAUCGCAGGGUCUCAUUGCGGAAGGCCCUGGAGAGCGGGUUCAGGUGCAUGGCUUGCUGCCACGUAUUCCCUACCUUGGAGCUCCUUCAGGAGCAUGUGGAGAACGGCGUCAGGGAGGGCUUCAGCUGCCAUGUGUUUCAUCGCGCCAUGGCUCAUAUGAAAUACAAAAGGCUUAAGAGGAAGAACAAGAAACUUAUGAAAGCAACAUGA